GGAGCUUCACGCAGUAGGUCAUAACAAACAUGGCGUGGAGAGGAUACAUUAUGAAAUGGGGUAAAAUAGAAUUCAUCAGAUCCAAAAACACCCUUUCACGAAGUUCAAGACUCAACCACUACAACCAGCAGAGGUGCGGUUUCCGUCGAGACACUAAAAGGCCAGAUAACAAGAAAGGAAAUGUCAUUGAAGAAACGAAAGGCUCGCCCCCUGAGAGUGGCACACCUGUACCCCAACCUCCUCCCAGAGUCCAAAGGCCAACGCUUUUCAGACCGCUGAUGUUCACAGUAGGGUUUACAGGCUGCUCCUUCGGCGCAGCGGCCAUUCUGCAGUAUGAGACCAUGAAGUCAAGAGUGCAGACUGCAAAAGAUGGAGAGGAGUUAGAAAAACUCAUGCUGGGCUCCCAAGACAUGGCAUACUGGCAUGACUGGUGGAACCAGCUGUCCAGCUUCCAGCGACAGCUUAUCUUUCUCAUGUCAGUAGUGGAUGAUUUCUGGAACAGCCUUACAGAGGGACAGAAGACUGUCACUGGUAUUAUUGCAAUAAAUGCUGCAGUCUUGUGUUGCUGGAGGAUCCCUUCAAUGCAGAGAAGUAUGAUUAAGUACUUCACAUCCAACCCAGCCUGCAUUCUUUUGUCUUUUGUCUUUCCCCUACCAGAAACACAGUGCCUUCCUAUGGUUCUGUCUUGCUUCAGCCACUACUCCAUUAUCCACAUGGUGGCCAACAUGUACGUCCUAUGGACGUUCUCCUCUGCAAUAGUUUCUCUCUUAGGGAGAGAGCAGUUUUUAGCAGUCUACCUCUCAGCUGGUGUAAUUUCCACUAUGGUCAGUUACACGUGUAAAAUAGCCACAGGCCGACUCUAUCCAUCAUUAGGGGCGUCAGGUGCUGUCAUGGCAGUACUUGCUGCAGUAUGUACCAAGGUACCAGAGGCCAAGCUAGGCAUAAUCUUCCUUCCCAUGGUCACUUUCACAGCAGGGAAUGCUCUGAAGGUGCUUGUGGCCAUAGAUACUGCAGGGCUUAUGUUGGGAUGGCGGCUGUUCGACCAUGCUGCUCACCUUGGUGGAGCCCUAUUUGGAGUAUGGUAUGUGGCAUAUGGUCACAAGCUAAUUUGGAGAAAGAGGGAACCCCUCGUGAAGCUGUGGCAUGACGUACGCUCCUCAGGCACCAGAGGAUCUGGGCCAGGUGGUGAUCCUGGGGCCAGUGGUGGUGUUAGUGGAGGACCUGGACACCAAUAACACUGCUAAAUCUUGGGAAUUCUUAUUGAGGGAACAAAAUUAUUUUCCUUGAAAUAGAAAGGACAUUUCAAUCAUUGAAAAACUGAGUGAGUUGUUAUUAUUCAUCAAUAAAUAUGGUUAUCCCUCCUAAAGUCAGCGAUCAGAUAGAUGAUUUAAUGGGAUUCAGAUGAUGGACAAUUUAAUGAGGCCAUAUUGGCUUCUUUGGAUUUUUUCCUUCAAUGUGUUUUUAGUGUUUCUAUGCAUAUAAAAGGUCUGCCAAAUGAUCAAAGGGAAAUUAACUGCCUAAAACACUGUUUGUGGUGCAGAAUUUUCUUCCAUGACUUUUCUUUGUCGUCUCGCUUGGAGGAUGUUCAUUCAGAUGUUUAUUUUGAGAGAUAGAAAUCACAGACGUUAAAAAAAUUCAUUUAAAAGCUGAAUAUUCUGGUUUCAUAAAACUUACCUCACAGAAAUUUGAUUUAUUUUCCCACAAAUUAAGUAGAUAAGAAAAAAAACUAUUAUUACUUUGCUGCAGCUCCUCUAGCUUUAUUUUUUUUAUUUUAUUUUUUAUUUUUUUGUGGCAGCUUGAAUUCUUAAGAGGUGUAGACUGCACAAAAAAAAAGUCAAAUUUAUUGUCAGUUCUGCUAUGUACAAGACAUACGGUGGACUGAAAUUUAGUUUCUUAGUCCUUGAUGUAUAUUAAAUUAAAAUAAUCUUCAGUCAG